AUGUGGUGUGACGUCCAACUAACAAAGGAUGGUGUUGGAGUCUGCCUUCAGGAUAUAAAUAUGAAAAACUGCACCACUGUCGACCAAGCGUACCCCGCGAGGGAGCGGACCUAUGUCAUCGAUGGCGUGCGCAAAACUGGAUGGUUUGGUUCAGACUUCACCAUUGCUGAGCUUCAGUCUGUAUUUCAAUACCUGAACUUUAUCAAUGAUGGUGGCUUCUCCGUCGAUGGUGUAUUGUCAGAGCACCCAAUUACUGCAUCAGAGGCAAUUGGUUGUUUUACUAAACUGAAUUCAAAUAAGAAUGAUCAUGGGGAACCCUUAGUUAUCUCACAUAAUGGUGCUAGUAGAGACUACCCGGACUGUACAGACCUGGCCUACCACAGUGCAAUUGAUGAUGGCGCUAGAUUUCUGCCCCCUCACAAAAGGUACAAACUUAUAAUUAUCCUUUUGACUGGCCCUUUAUAUACAACCAAAAUAUCUUCCCCAAAUGCUGUAUUUUUAGUAAAUUCAUUGGGAAUUGACAUUGUUGAUUCUGUAACCACUGCCUUAAGUGCGGCUGGCUUCAGAAAUCAUCCUACCAAGGAAGUUCUGAUCCAGUCAAAAGAUAGUGGUGUUCUUGUCAAAUUGAAGCAGCAGAAAACAAAAUGCAAGCUUGUUUACACUCUACCUUCAGGCAUCGGGGAUGCUUCUAAUUCCUCAUUGAAAGACAUUAAGCAGUUUGCUGAAGCUGUAGUUGUGGACAGCAAAUCUGUUUUUACUCUAAGUUCUGACUUUAUCAUAAGACAGAACAGUCUUGUGCAAUAUCUGCACUCAGCGGGGCUAGCUUUGUAUGCAGAGGUGUUCCGGAAUGAGUUUGUAGCACAACCGUUGGAUUUCUUCGGAGACGAAACUGUGGAAAUCAAUUACUAUGUUCAAUCAUUUAAUUUAUCAGGCAUCAUAACUGAUUUCCCGAAGACAGUCAGAAGAUACAAAAUAGUGAAGAAAACACUUGUACAGUUCUGGGAAGGAUAUGCCCAGCUACAUGCAGCCUGCUCAGGCUGGCUCGCUUGCACAGUUUCUCCAAACCUUCAAAACCCAGCCGCCAUCUCUGCCACCAAUGCCGACACUGAGUUCUUCAAGCGUGGAGGAGCCACCUCUUCCUACUGUUGCGUCAAGAGGUGUAUCUGA